UCAGAGGGGCGGGCCAAUGGGAGCGGAGCGAGAGGCAGGGUUGAGCCGCGAGGGUUUUGAGAUGGAGACGGUGAAGUUGAACAACGGGGUGGAGAUGCCGCUGGUGGGGCUGGGGACCUUCCGGCUACAGGGCUACGAGGCUGUUCACCGGGCUCUGGACGCGGCGCUGGGCCAGGGCUACCGCUCGGUGGACACGGCGGCCGUGUACGGCAACGAGGCGGACAUCGGCCGGGCCCUGCGGGACCUCCUGCCCAGGCACGGGCUGGCCCGCCACGACCUGUUCGUCACCAGCAAGCUGGGGCCCAGGGACAUGGGGCAGGGAGCAGCGGAAGCGGGCUGCCUCCACAGCCUGGAGGCCCUGGGGCUGGACUACCUGGACCUCUACCUGGUCCACUGGCCGGGCAAGCAGGGCUACAGGAGCGAGGAUGCCCGCAACCCCAGCUGGCGGAGGGAGAGCUGGGAGGCCCUGGAGCGGAUGCAGGAGGCGGGCAGCUUCCGGGCCAUCGGGGUGUCCAACUACACUGUGGGGCACCUGCGGGAGAUGCUGCCCGCCUGCCGGGUGGCACCGGCCGUCCUCCAGUCCGAGUUCCACCCGCGCCUGGUGCAGAGGGACCUCCUGGACUUCUGCUCCGACAACUCCAUCCACCUCCAGGCCUACUCCUCCCUGGGCCGGGGCGAGCUGGUGGCCGAGGACAAGGUGCUGAGGGUGGCCGCCAGCCUGGGCAGGACCCCCGCACAGGUGCUGCUGAGGUGGGCCGUCCAGCAAGGUGUCGGGGUCAUCCCCAAAUCGUCCGAUCCCCUGCGCAUCGGCCAGAACCGCCAGCUCUUCGGCUUCUGCCUGGGUCAGGACCACAUGGACCUGCUCAGCGGGAUGCAUUCCAACACACGCUACUGCUGGGACUCCGGGACGGUGGUGUGAGCGGGAACGGUCGACCCCCAGUCACGUCUCCUCCCACCCCCAGAGGUCACAAGGAAUUGGUGCAGAAUUAGGCCAAAUCUUGCCCUCCCCCCCACCCCCAUCAAUUUAAACCUCUGUCGGAUCUCGAUUUCCCCUUCCCUGGAGAGAAUUAUUUCUCAUGAGGUCAUAAGAGAGAUAGGAGCAGAAUUAGGCCAUUCGGCCCAUCGAGUCCACUCCACCAUUCAAUCAUGGCUGAUCUACCUCUCUCACCCCAACCCCAUUCUCCUGCCUUCUCCCCAUAGAAACAUAGACAAUAGGUGCAGGAGUAGA